GACCCAGAAAGCGGGACGUCCGGCCUGCGAGUGGUGGCUUGUCUGUUGAGCUCGGCGAAAGAACGAUUUUAAAAUGGGUGAUGUUGAGAAGGGCAAGAAGAUUUUUGUUCAGAAGUGUGCCCAGUGCCACACUGUAGAAAAGGGAGGCAAGCACAAGACUGGUCCAAACCUCCAUGGUCUCUUUGGGCGGAAGACAGGUCAGGCUCCUGGAUUCUCUUACACAGAUGCCAACAAGAACAAAGGCAUCACCUGGGGAGAGGAGACACUGAUGGAGUACCUGGAGAAUCCCAAGAAGUACAUCCCUGGAACAAAAAUGAUCUUCGCUGGCAUUAAGAAGAAGGGAGAAAGGGAAGACUUGAUAGCUUAUCUGAAAAAAGCUACUAAUGAGUAAAAGUUGGCCACCGCCUUAUUUAUUACAAGACCGACAUGUCUCAUGACUUUUAUAUGUGUACCAUAUUUAAAUUGAUCUCAUACUCUAGAAUUCAGAUCAUGUAUGGCUGAUGGAAUGUUUCUGUUGGAUGGUCCUGAUUUAAAUAAGAUUGGUUGGUGGCUAAAUGAAUAUGGUCAGCUGUUUGAAUUUUAAUAUUAAUUCUAGUUCAACAAGUACUAUCACUGUCUUUCCCUUCUACAGAGAUGGUUAAACUUGAAUGUGGAGUGUUAAACUUUUCAGGAAAAUGGUGAAUACCUUCUCAGAACCUAUAGGAGAUUGGUUUUAUAUUUAGAUUUCUAUAACUGGUUAUAUUAAUAUAUUUAAAUACUGAGAAGAUCCCUUCACUGUCUCAUAGAACAGAGCAAGAUUCACCUGUGUUUCAAGUUGUGUUCACUAGCCUGUUAAGGCAUGAGCCAAUGGUAAACUGACAGUGUCCCCUUUAUCUUUUUGGUCUUAACUAUGCCAAUUUCAUUAGAAUUACCUGUAUCGAAAAUACUGCCUUUUACUUACUGAAAGGUAUUUUAGCGAGGUUUAUGUACAGCAUCAAGUAAAGAGUAUUUAGCAUUUCUCACAUUUUAUAGAUGAUCUUUAAGAUCAGAGGCUUUUAAAAUUCAGUGUGACGAGAUAUGUUAGCAGACUUUGCAGGUGAAUUCUUACAAGGUCAGGCUGUUAGAAUGCAGGAUUGUCUUUUAAAUAGGUAGUCAGAAACACAACUGUAGAACUACCGGAUGUGUGUGAUUGAUAAUGGUGCUUUUGCCAACUCAUGGAAGGCUUAAAGUAGGGGAGCUGUACCGUCAGCACAGAUCUGUAAAUUAUCUGGUCAUAAAGCUUAAGAAUUAAAAACAAAAUC